AUGGCACAAAGAGUCAUGCGGGAUGAUGGACAACACGCAUAUCACUACAGAGCCGUUCAGGAACUUCAUGAAAGAGAUGCCCAGAACCGUAUUGUGUUCUGUCAAUUCUUGCUGAAUGAAAUAGAUGCUGAUCCAGGCUUUAUGGAUCGAAUUCUCUGGACUGAUGAAUCAACAUACGUACGGAAGGGAAUGUUUAAUCAGCACAAUGAGCAUCAGUGGGCUCAUGAAAAUCCGCAUAUGGCUCGGGAAGAUCGAUUUCAAAAUCGGUUUUCAGUCAAUAUAUGGACAGGCUUGAUUGGUAAUCAAGUUAUUGGUCCGGUACAACUUCCAAACCCACUAAACGCUAAAAAUUACCUUGAGUUCCUGCAGGAUAUACUUCCAGGAUUGCUUGAUGGUGUGCCAGAAGAACUGCAAGAAAAUCUUAUUUUCAUGCAUGACGGUGCAUCAGCACAUACUGCUGCGAAUGUAAGGAAUUAUCUUGAUCAGGUAUAUGGCGGCCAUUGGAUAGGCAAUAAUGGUCCAGUACGCUGGCCAGUAAAAUCUCCUGAUUUGAACCCAUUGGACUACUUUUACUGGCGGACAUCCAAAGAAGCAGUUUAUCACAAUGGCGGCCUCAAUGACCCAAAUGACAUGAUACAAAGAAUCCAACAUCACGCCCAGCAUCUAGAACCCGAAAAAAUACACGCAGCUACACAUCAGAUAAGACGUAGAGCUAUUUUGUGUAUUCAGCAACAGGGGGGGCAUUUCGAACAAUGCUUGGAUAGUGAUGAUGGUGGUGAUGAUGUUGUUGAGGAGGAGGACGAGAAUGGUGAUGAUGUUGAUGUUAAUGGCAAUGAUGAAAAUGGAGAAGAUGAUGAUGAUGAUAUGAACAACGAUGGUGAAAAUGAUGGCAGCGAAGAUGGUGAGGCUGAUGAUAGUAUGGAUGAAGAUGAUGACGACGUUGGCAACGAUCCGGAUUGGGAGAUAUGA